GAACGGAUCGGUUCGGAUCGGUUAGUUCUUGGACGGAAUUCAACGUUUAUCGACGUUUGUUCUUAGCACAAAACACCACAAAAAAAAACGAAAACGAAAACCAAAAGGCGUGCUAAGUUUAUGGUUAAAGAAGCAGAAAUAUUAACUUAAUUAAUUCACCGCUUGGAGCGAGCAAAAAAGUGAAAUUGCAUAUUAUGAAAUUGGUUUAAUUAUUUCGUUCGUGAGUGUGUGUGUGUGUGCGUGUUGGCUAAAGUUUUUUAUUAUCUUAUAUUUUUUUUUUCGUGAAUCGACCUUUGCGAACUUAUCGUCGUAACCAGCAAAAAUAAAAAACAAAAAAAAAAACAGCAAUGACAACAACAACUGAGGCUAAUAAUAAUUAAACAGCAUGUGUUGUUGUUGUUGUGUGCUCACUGAAAUGCUGUCGCUGUGUGCGUCUACCGAGUAUCUGUGAGCGAGUCAGUGUGUGCGUACGAGUGUGUGCCUGUGAGUGUGUUGUCUUUCCCCCGGAGACGACCGACCAAUUGUCAACAUUCAACAAUUGCGUAGCCCCUAGUCGAGAUCCUCGGCUCUUGCAAGGCAGUUACUCCCCAGGCCAACAGCCACUCCAACUCCCACUCCCACUCCAUUUAUAUAUAUCUGCAUAUAUAUAAGUAAUACUCCCCGAUCAUCCGAUCAAUGCGAAUUGCAUGGGCCCAACAACAACCGGACAGCAGAAAAGGCUGUAAAAAACACAGCGAAAAAAGCGGAAAAAGUGCUAACUUUGCAGUCGACGGCCACUUGAUCGGAUAGGAACAGAGAGACUCCCAUGAACGCCGCUCACUGAAACACCACUGCCAUUGGGAUCCCCGAGCGAUUUGGAUUCGGAUUAAACGGGUUAAAUAUACAAACAUACAUCCAAAAUGUUGCAGCACACGAUGACGAAGCGCAAGACGCUGAUCAUUGCCUGUUUUGGGAUCGCCUUGGGUCUCUGCAUCGGCACCGUGCUCAAGAACUACCGGGCAUUGGAGAUCGUGAAGCGCUGCAGUCUGCGGCCAACGAAUCUGAAGUCGCCGGCGGAGAUUAUUGGCCUGCGGGAAGAGGAUACCAUACAGAAUUCCCAAAAGAAUCUCGUCUUUGUGGGCGUGAUGACGGCGAAGAGUUUUCUGGAGGGCAGAGCGAGAGCUGUGUACGAUACGUGGGGCAAGGAGGUGCCCGGCAGGAUGGCCUUCUUUAGUUCGGAGGGCAGCUUUUCCGAUGAUCUGCCCGUGGUGGGUCUGAAAAAUGUCGACGAUCGGUAUCCGCCGCAAAAGAAGUCCUUCAUGAUGUUAUACUAUAUGUACGAACACUAUAUCGAUAAGUUCGAAUGGUUCAUCCGAGCGGACGACGAUGUCUACAUGGAGCCGGCCAAGCUGGAACGAUUCCUCCGCUCCAUUGAUAGCUCCAAGCCGCAGUUCAUUGGCCAGGCGGGCAAGGGAAAUAGCGAGGAGUUCGGCUUAUUAUCCCUGGAGUUCGACGAGAACUUCUGCAUGGGCGGACCGGGCGUCAUUCUAAGCAGCGAAACCCUACGCCGCGUGGCACCACACAUACCCAGCUGCCUGAAGAAUCUGUACAGCACCCACGAGGACGUCGAGGUGGGCAGGUGUGUGCAGAAGUUCGCCGGCAUUCCCUGCACUUGGAACUAUGAGAUGCAGUACAUCCUGCGGCAUAACUCAAGUGGCCGAAAUGCCUAUACGGGAAAACUGAAACGAAAGGAGAUCCACAAUGCCAUCACCCUGCAUCCCAUUAAACAGGCGCCCCUCAUGUACCGCCUGCACUCCUAUGUCCAGGGUCUGAAGGCGGAGGAGAUGCGCCAGGAAUCGCUGCUCUUGCAUCGCGACAUCAAGCGUAUGGCCAAGUACCUGGAAGUGCCCGACGAGAGCACCUACAUGCUGCCCAGUGCCUCGCCAGAAAGUGAUACGGGCAAAAGGCACUUCCAGGAUCACAAUAUAUUGGGAAUCAGUCCGGAACUGAAUAAAUUCGUGCCCGGCAGCACCGAUGAUCUUCUUGACUGGUCCUUCAUCGCUCGCAGCCUUUACUCAGCCAGUUCGGCCAAUCCCAAGCAGAAGAUCGACUCGGCGAUGCGGGAAGGUCUCGAGGACGUGAUCACCGAGGUGAUGGAAAACAUCAACAACUAUUCCAGGCAGCGAGGUCGUGUAAUCGAGUUCCGGGAACUGCUCUACGGAUACCAUCGUCUGGAUGCACUGCACGGUCAGGAUCUGAUCUUGGAUCUCCUUCUCAUUUACAAAAAGUAUCGCGGCAAAAAGAUGACGGUGCCAGUGCGAAGGCAUCUCUAUGUCCAGCGGGCCUUUACCGGAAUCUUUGUCAAGGAGUUCGACGAGGACUUCUACAACGUCACCCUGCAGCAGAGUCUUUUGGGCAGCCUCUUUCAGAACGGAAUGGCCCGCCUAAGCAGUCACUUCACUAUGCCCAGUGGACUGCUAUCGCCGGCGCAGGACAAGAUCGUCUUCGUCCUACCCAUCGCUGGUCGCCUGGGUACCUUCGAGCGUUUCCUUCGCACCUACGAGCGUGUCUGUGUGCGUGGUGACCAGCACUGUGAUCUUCUGGUCGUGAUCUUUGGUUCGCCAGACGAACUGGGUGAUCAUCUGCAGCUGCUCCACGAUCUACAUGCCAGGCAUGUCUACCAGCAGGUCAACUGGAUCCAAAGAAGUACCGCCUUCUCGCGUGGCGUUGCCUUGGAUGUCGCAGCCAGAUCCUCGUACAUCAAGCAGGAGGACAUCAUUCUCUUUAUCGACGUGGACAUGGUCUUUGAAGUUGAGACCCUGCAGCGGGUGAGGAUGCACACGCAGCGGGGCAAGCAGGUAUAUCUGCCCAUAGUCUUUAGCCAAUACGAUCCGCAAAGAAGGACCGGUGAAGCUGGAUCCGAUGAUGGGGAAACUCCAAGGAUCGACGACGAACGGGGCUAUUUCCGGCAAUUUGGUUUCGGAAUCUGCGCCAUUUACAAGUCGGAUAUUCUCGACGAGGAUAUCAAUGGAUUUGACAAAGACAUCACUGGCUGGGGCCUGGAGGAUGUGAAGUUCUUGGAGAAGAUUGUGCGGGUGGGAACCAGACAGCGCGGCUUCCUGGCCAAUACAGCCGAGCUGGCCAUGGACUAUAAUGAGGCCGCCGAACAAUGGCGAAGAUUGAGUGUUUUCCGCGCACCAGAUCCUACGCUCGUUCAUAUCUAUCAUGACAUUAGCUGUGAUGUCCAGCUGGAUGCUCCGCAGUAUAACAUGUGCCUGGGCACCAAGGCCAAUUCCCUGGGUAGCACGAGACUGAUGGAGCAGCUUUUCCAUAGCAACCCGGAAAAUGUCCAGUUUGCCGCCGAAUUUAAUCGCCAAAAGCAACAGCAACAGCAGCAGGCCAGGUGAUGAUCGUUCCCAUCCAGAUCCAGUGAUCCUAACCAGCGAUCCUGCCAUAUAGUAUUAUGCUAAAUGUUUCCUAAAUGAGUGCGUGUGAGUGUGAGUAAGUCAGCCGAUAUGCCAAAUCCAUUCGUUAGUCCUUAAUGCUAAGCUAGACCAACUAAUGAUCCAUAUAUCUUUAUGGUCAUUAAAGGGAUAGGUGAACACUUGUAAAUUAGUAGGAUCAAAUAUAGCUAACGAUACACAAUAUUAGUUGCUUAAUUAAAUACAAUAUAAGUCACAUUUUUUGGAACAACUAUUAGCUAAGUUUUCUGACGAUGUCGAUACUAUUUUAAAUAUCCGCAGUUAUGAUUAAUAGUCAUGUCCAUGCCAUUCUUGUAUAAUUUAAAUUCCAUAAUACUUUAGUAAAUUAUUCCAUACUUCCAAGUCAAGUUGAAAUGCUGUAAAUUGAGAAUUAAAAUUAAAAACUAACAAUAAGUGGUUCCUAUGUACAUUUGCUAAGAAAAUGAAAUAAAUACUUAGUAUUUUCAUUGCCAA